AUGAUGUCCAUUCAACUCGAUGAACUCUUACCAAAGGCUGCAGCCUUCUGGUCGGAGGUCGUGGCUUCUUAUUCGCCUCAGAAAAUCGAGUUCGUGGGGACACUGCUUGUUCAAAUCGUGACAUUUUGGCUGCCGUCUAUAUUCUAUCUCUUCCUUGAUGUGAUCGCGCCCUCCUUCUCCCAGCGACACAAGAUUCAACCAGCCCCGAAACAACCUAUGCAGCGGGACAUCGUGCGCUGCUUCAUAGUAGUGACGCAGAAUCAGAUCUUGUCCUCGGCAUUGCACAUGGGGCUUCUUUUCAUAACUAGCCGCACCGGCUCUGCAUCUUCCUAUCGCGUCGAGGCAGCCAUGCCCCCAGCCAUUGAAAUCGGUCGCGACGUUCUCAUUAGUCUUCUACUCCGCGAGGCAAUGUUUUAUUAUAGCCAUCGCUUGCUGCACGUCCCUUUCUUCUACCGCCGCAUCCACAAAAAACACCACAAGUUCACAGCGCCAAUUGCUCUCGCUGCGCAGUUCGCGCACCCCCUCGAACAAAUAUUCGCCAAUGCGCUCCCUAUUUCAUUGCCACCACAGCUUCUGCGAAGCCAUGUGUUGACUUUUUGGAUCUUUUUGGCUUGGGAGUUGUUCAAUACUGCCACUGUGCACAGUGGGUAUGAUUUCUUUCAUAACAAGGCAAAGAUGCAUGACCUGCACCACGAAAAGUUCAAUCUCAAUUAUGGUUCCAUUGGCUUGUUGGACUGGGUUCAUGGAACAGACAAGUUGGGCAAACGGCAUUCCGAGUAA